ACAAGACACCAGUGGUGCAAGAGAAAGGUGCUAUACCACAAUGUACGGACAACUGACAGCCUUGAUUCUUCUUGGUACAGCCUCUGUGAUUCAAACUAUAGAGGUUCCUCACCACAUCUCUCUGACUGUGGUUGAACCCGGUGAUAAUUUGACUCUGACAUGUAUAGUCAUUGGGAAGGAAAUCGGGUUGUUUUACUGGUACAAGCUGAACUUCGGAUAUAUGAUCCAAACAAUUGCUUCAGGAUCUUUCACUAAAAUAACACUUCAAGGACAAUUUAAAAACCCAAGAUUCAAUGUCACAAAAGAGGGUGAUCUUCAUUCUCUUAUCAUAAGAAAUAUAAGCAAAGAAGAUGAAGCAACAUACUUCUGUCAAGCAGGAGCAGCAUAUCUAAUGAAAUUCAUUAAUGGCACAAAUUUGGCGGUGAACGGUCAUAAAAAUCAGAAGAUAUCGGUUCAUGUGAAACAAAGUCCGGAGACAGCAUCAGUCCAGCUGGGAGCCUCAAUGACUCUCCAGUGUUCACUUCUCUACACGAACAAAGAGAGCAGAGCCCAGUGUCCAGGUGAACACAGUGUGCACUGGUUCAGAGCUGGAUCAGGAGGAUUUCAUCCAGGCAUCAUUUACACUCACAGCAACAGGAGUGAUGAACAAGAGGAAAGGAGCUGUGUCUACAGUUUGUCCAAAACUAUACAGAACUCCUCUGAUGCUGGGACGUACUACUGUGCUGUGGUCACAUGUGGAGAGAUCCUGUUUGGUGAAGGAACUAAAGUGGAGAUAAUUUUUUUAUGGGGCCCAGCUGUCACUGUGCUCACGGUUCUGUUGGCUCUCAGUGUGAUUGUGAUUGCCGUCCUCAUUUUCUCAAGAGACUGAAGGAUGGCGACACAGAGGCACUGAACUACUCUAUCACUGGAUUUCUCCACAAAAAGAGAGAAAGAAGAGGGACAUAAAAAGAGUCUACAGCAGCAACGAUUUCUGUUUGAUAAACAUCAAGAAAAGAAUUUCAGCUUUAUUUCAUGUGUAAUAUGUAAUGUGUGUGUUAAUGCUGUUAACUUUUUGUUUAUCGACACUUAAGGCUGGAAUUAUGUUUCCUUGACGAUACACAGGAAUAUUUCUGCGGGUCAGUGCAGAGAAGAGUGUCAUUGGUAACCAUGCCUUGCAGAGACUCGCACACAGCUCUCAGAUCUCGACAGUAUUUUGUGUUGGACAUGAGUGCAAAAUAAGCUGAUCCGCUGAUGUAAUGCCUUAAGCAGGAUGGGUUUGUAACAAAAAGGAAAAAACAUAGCAACAUUAUAUUCAAAAUAAAUACAGGUACGGGAGAGGCAACAUGUGAGAAUGUUUCUGAAUGAACUUGUUCACCUACGUAGCCUAUACGAGGGCUGUUCAGAGACAGUGUUUCCAGAAAAGCAUAUUCCAGCUUUAAGUGUUUGCUAAUGUUGCUUUGUUGAAAUAAUAAGUGUUUAUUUUUAUUGACUUAAUGUACCAUUACAUUUGUGUCUAAUAGCAUUGAUGUGCCUUUGCACUGUCCUCUGUCUUUAUCAGUGUUAUCAUUAGAUAUCUGCGCUUUCUGAUUAGACAAAACUAGAUGUCACAACAAAUCAACAUUGCCGUCAUCUUCAAAACUUUUUCCAAAUUUUCAACGAAGUGGAGAAAAACUGUUACGGCUAUCAUUGUAAAUAUCAAU